CCAAAUGCCAACUGUCUCCAGAGAUGAGUACGAGAAUGUGGUGCUGUCUGAGUUCCUUCACUUCACUGAACCAUCUCAACAUCUCAGACUCAUCUAUCAGUUUCCCUUCAUUUCCACCUGAGCUACCAUCCAUCACAGAGAUAUCAACUGAAAGAGUGAAGUCACAAUGCUAUGAAGGGUUGAUCUCAUCACUCCCUGGUUUGGUAUAUAUGGAUAUCAUAAUCGAUGAGGCAGAGGCAGACAUAGCCAAUAUCACGGCUGGUCUUCGUCGGACUGAGGGACAGAAGCUCAAACGGAUCGCCAUUCACGCACCGUCACCACUCCCAUCAGAGAAGAAGACCGUUUCAAGCAAGACAGUGAGAGGACUGGGUCUGGUCAUCAAGGAACAUAUCAAGAACUUGAAGAGGUUCUAUCUGGCAGAGGUGAAGUGCAUAGAAGAGGAUGACUUGAUUAACCUCAUUCAAUGCUGCAGACAUAUAAAGACGAUGGAGUGCAUACGGCUCUCGCAAUGUGGGACGACCUCGAAUGGGAGUGUGGAUUCUUACCUAAAGCGUCUUGACACGGAAUCUUCCAACACUAUCCAAGUGUUUGUUUCCCAUAGUGAUGGCUCUCUUGAUUUUGAACUCUAUCUCGUUUCCCAUAUGAGGAGAGUGAAGCUGAAGCCUGUGUGAACGCAAGCGAUUUUAUUGUACCAGGCUAUGCAAUGGAUUAAAAGAUGACAACACAAGAUCUCGUUCGGUGAAGUCAACUGCUAUAUGUUCCAUAUCGGACUUAUAUGUUUAAUAUGUUUAUAGCCAAUACAUAAUGCCCGUAAUAUGCAUUAUACAUUUGAUAUACAAUCAUAUAAUUCAAGUUGUACUGAUGGCGUAACAUUUUAACUGUUCUUAUAAAGAUAACAGAAACGCUGAUAUGACCGUUUUAUAUUUUCAGCUCUAUUAAAGAAAAUGUAUUUAUUUCUUCAACAAAAAAUUUAUAAAAUGUUUUGCCAUGACAGCGGAGUAUCUGUAAACAGAAAUCAAGCUAAAAAUGGAUACUACUUGUAAAAUAUAUGGUUUAGUUGUAAUUGUGUUGUAUAUGACACCGAGAUAGAUCCUUGUCAUUUGAUUGAUUGGUCGAUAUCAGUCAUUCAGCCCAUUUUACAAUGACGUCAUCCACCGUGCAAUAAUAGAUCCUUUCAUUGUGCAAUUUUGGAUCCACUAAUACAAUUUUGUCAAUUGCACACGCGCACCCAAUUUACAGACACCACUCAUGCUUGCAGCGCGCAUGUUGUAUAUACACGAUAAUCAACAGACCGAGCUCGCACUCCAUGAGCAUGUUCUGCAUCGAAAUUCACAAA